GUCCUCUUCCCCUCGGAGCCAGGCGCCGCUUUGAGCUUCCUCAGUUGCGCAGGCGCAGUUGUGUUUCUAGACAGGUAUCUGGACUGUUAUUUUUUCACCUGUUCUCCAUAAUGACUACUUUGUGCCUAAAGAAACUAAUGAGUCAGGCCAUAAGGAAUGAUGCUAAUUUAAUCACUAAACAUUUUGCCACUUUUGGGGUGCAACCAGCAUGUCCCACAAUGAUCUCUCACACCUGGGCAAAACUGGAGCAGUCUAAAAGAGGAUUUCUUUUUGUCCUUACAAAAACAUUCUGUACAUAUGAAGAUACUGAGGAAAAGGUGAAAGAAAAGAAAAUCAACCCCAGUGCCAAAAAACACAUUGGAAGCGUUGGGAGAAAAAUCCCUCAUCGAAUUAUUCACCUGAUUGAUGAGAAUGGAGAGGAUCAGGGACCAGUACACAGAGCAGAUGCAAUUCAAAUGAUGGAUGAAAAGGAGUUGAAGCUUGUCCUGCUGAAGGAAACAGCAGACCCUCCAGUGUACAGACUAAUGAGCGGUCAGCAGAUUCUUGAAGAACGCCUCAAACUCAGAGACAAGCAGAGAGCUAGCUCCAAAAAGGGACCUGUUCAGCAGAAGGAAUUAAAUUUUACCACGGCUAUUGCGCAACAUGAUUUAGAUAUGAAAAUCAAACAAAUUCAGCAGUGGAUUGAAAAGAAGUAUCACGUCAAGGUUACUGUGCAGGAAAAGAAAGUCACGAGUGAACCAGAAAAGAUGCUAGAGUUCUUUGGACAGAUUUUGGAGACUAUGCCUGAGAAAGCAACUUACCUUUCCCCACCCCGUGUUCUUACAGAAGGAAGAAGUAGGUGCAUAUACAGACAUAAGUCGGAGAAAGAACUCCAGGCGUAUAGGCGCAUGGAAAAAGACAAAAACCACUCAGAGGACAAUGAAAAGGAAACUGCUGAAUAAUGUAUUUCAGAGAUUUUUCUUUUAACAGAAAGUGGAAACAUUUCAAAGCAAAUUCAGUUUUCUGUACAAAAUAGAAACUUGCCAAAAGUGACUUCCUAAAGCCACUGAAGUGCAUAAAACUCAUCUACAACUCUAAUCCAGACACAAUGUCUCAACAGCUGGCAGGGUGUUCUUCACGUUGUUUUGUGCAGUCAGGGUCUCAACCAUUGCUGGUUCACAUCUUCGUUCCACCUUAGGUGGAAUGUAGCCAGUGAGGCGAGAGGCCAGGCUCCGCUUGGGACGCUGUUUCUAUCAUUAAGAACAAACACAACAGUUAUUAGUUCCAUCAUAAAGAGAAACCUUUAAAGGUUAAAAAAACCUAUUAUUUUGUACGUUUAUAGCCCUUUUUGGCUAAAAUACUCUGAAAAAUAAAAAAUAUAUAUAUGAAAUGUGA